AUGUACCUAGAAGAUGUCCUUGGAUUUGUACCUGUACUAUACCCGGCCGCACCUGCCGCUCCUGUAGACAUUUUAUUCCGAUUCAUCAGUCCGGCAGCCAUCACCUGCGCCGCUGAAGCACCUUACAUCUACCUCUCCACAUCCGACACAAUGUCUUCAACAGAAGUCGCCAAUGGUAACCGGACGGUGCCCGUCGCCAAUGGCAAGCUCAGUUAUGCCGAGCAGCACAACAUACCAGAGCACUUCAUUGGUGGUAAUAGGCUAAAAAAUGCCCCCGCGUCCAAGGUUAAGGACUUCGUAGCCUCACAUGAUGGACAUACUGUCAUUACAAACAUUCUGAUCGCCAACAACGGUAUUGCCGCCGUCAAGGAGAUCCGAUCAGUACGAAAAUGGGCGUACGAAGUUUUCGGCGACGAGCGGGCUAUCCAGUUCACGGUGAUGGCCACACCGGAAGAUCUGGCAGCCAAUGCAGACUAUAUCCGAAUGGCCGACCACUAUGUCGAAGUUCCUGGAGGCACAAACAAUCACAAUUAUGCCAACGUCGAGCUGAUUGUGGAUAUUGCUGAGCGGAUGAGUGUUCAUGCUGUCUGGGCUGGAUGGGGUCAUGCUUCGGAAAACCCUAAGCUCCCAGAGUCCCUAGCGGCAUCGCCGAAGAAGAUUGUCUUCAUUGGCCCUCCCGGUUCCGCCAUGCGAUCACUUGGUGAUAAGAUUUCUUCUACCAUCGUUGCACAACACGCCCAAGUACCCUGCAUACCAUGGUCGGGAACAGGCGUUGAUCAGGUCGAGGUAGACGACAAUGGUAUUGUUACUGUGGCUGAUGACAUAUACAUGAAGGGAUGCGUCGGCUCCUGGGAAGAGGGUCUGCAAAAGGCCCAGGAAAUUGGCUUCCCAGUCAUGAUCAAGGCUUCCGAAGGUGGUGGUGGUAAGGGUAUCCGAAAAGCGCUGUCCGAAGAGGGAUUCGAAGAGUUGUAUAAAGCUGCCGCGAACGAGAUUCCCGGCUCGCCAAUUUUUAUCAUGAAGUUGGCGGGCAAUGCUCGGCAUUUGGAAGUGCAACUGCUGGCUGACCAGUAUGGUAACAACGUCUCGCUUUUUGGUAGAGAUUGUUCCGUGCAGCGAAGACACCAGAAGAUCAUUGAAGAAGCUCCCGUUACGAUUGCCAAGCCGCCCACAUUCAAAGGCAUGGAGGAAGCUGCCGUACGUCUUGGUCGUCUCGUAGGUUACGUCUCUGCUGGUACGGUCGAAUAUCUUUACUCUCACGAGGACGACAAAUUUUACUUCUUAGAGUUGAACCCACGUCUCCAGGUAGAGCAUCCUACGACCGAAAUGGUCAGCGGAGUUAACUUGCCGGUGGCCCAAUUACAAGUUGCCAUGGGCAUUCCUCUACACCGAAUUAGCGAUAUCCGGUUACUAUAUGGUGUUGACCCGAAACUUAGCACACCGAUUGACUUCGAAUUUAAGAGCCCGGAGAGCGAUAAGACUCAGAGGCGGCCGCAGCCACGUGGCCACUGUACAGCCUGCAGAAUCACGUCCGAGGAUCCCGGUGAGGGUUUCAAGCCUUCCAAUGGUGUGAUGCACGACCUGAACUUCAGGAGUAGUGCCAAUGUCUGGGGUUAUUUCUCCGUUAGUACUGCCUCGAGUAUUCACAGUUUCUCCGACAGUCAAUUUGGACAUAUUUUCGCUUAUGGAGAGAAUCGAGCCGCCUCGCGGAAGAACAUGGUUGUCGCUCUGAAGGAGUUAAGCAUCCGUGGCGACUUUAGAACGACCGUUGAGUAUCUUAUUAAGCUGCUCGAGACUGAAGCAUUCGAAGAUAACACUAUCACGACUGGUUGGCUGGAUGAGCUCAUUUCAAAUAAGUUAACCGCCGAGCGCCCCGAUCCUAUGCUUGCAGUCGUCUGCGGAGCCACAACCAAAGCUCACAUUGCUAGCGAGUCUUGCAUAGCUGAAUAUCGUUCUGGGCUUGAGAGAGGUCAAGUUCCCUCUAAAGAUAUCCUAAAAACGGUGUUCCCGAUUGAAUUCAUAUACGAAGGUUCCCGAUACAAGUUUACCGCUACUCGCGCAGCUGUUGACAGCUAUCAUCUUUUCAUCAAUGGCUCAAAAUGUUCCGUCGGUGUUCGCGCACUUAGCGACGGUGGUCUUCUCAUUCUUCUAGAUGGACGAAGUCACAGUGUCUACUGGAAAGAGGAAGUAGGUGCAACUCGUAUUUCAGUAGAUAGCAAGACAUGUCUGCUAGAGCAAGAGAACGACCCUACACAGCUGCGCACACCUAGCCCCGGUAAGCUUGUCAAGUACACCGUAGAAAGCGGAGGACAUGUCAAGGCUGGACAGACAUUUGCCGAAAUCGAAGUUAUGAAGAUGUUCAUGCCUUUGAUAGCCCAGGAAGAUGGGUUCGUGCAACUAAUUAAGCAGCCUGGUGUUACUGUCGAAGCUGGUGAUAUCCUCGGCAUCCUUGCCCUCGACGACCCUUCCCGAGUCAAGCAGGCCCAACCGUUUCUCGGAGGCCUUCCCGAAUUCGGUCCUCCCCAGGUUGUUGGUAGCAAGCCGGCUCAGCGGUUCAGCUUGACGCAUAACACCCUCAAGAACAUCCUACUCGGCUACGAUAACUCAGUAAUCAUGCAACAGACAUUAAGAGAGAUGAUUGAAGUAUUGCGAAGUCCAGAACUCCCGUACAGCGAGUGGGCUUCUCACCAUGCUGCUCUCCACUCUCGAAUGCCACAGAAGCUUGACACUCAAUUGACGCAAGUUGUUGAGCGUGCCAAGGCUCGAGCUUCGGAAUUCCCUGCUAAAGCACUAGCUAGGACCUUUUCGAAAUUUUUGGAUGACAACACUUCACCUAGCGAGGCUGACACUCUGCGAACAACCAUUGCUCCUCUUCUUGAAGUUCUCGACGAGUAUGCUGAUGGUCCGAAAGUGCGCGAGCUAAAUGCUAUCGCAGGCCUCUUGCAGAUUUACGCUGAAAUCGAGGGACGUUUCUCGGGCCGUCGAAGCCAGGACGAGGAAGUCAUCUUGAAACUUCGGGAAGAGAACAGAGAAGACUACAUGAAGGUCAUCAGCAUCGUUCUAUCUCACAGCCGUGUUGGCUCUAAGAAUCAUUUGGUCUUGGCAAUUCUUGAGGAGUACCGUCCUAACAAGCCCAACGUUGGCAACGUCGGAAAGUACCUACGACCAGUUUUGCGCAAGCUUACCGAACUCGAGUCACGUCAGACAGCUAAAGUGUCUUUGAAGGCUCGAGAGAUUCUCAUUCAGUGUGCGUUACCAUCCCUCGAAGAACGAACUGCACAGAUGGAACACAUCCUCCGCUCAUCAGUGGUUGAAAACAAGUAUGGUGAGACCGGCUGGGACCACAGAGAGCCUAACCUUGAUAUUAUUAAGGAGGUUGUCGAUUCUAAGUACACUGUUUUCGAUGUGUUGGCGUCAUUUUUUGCUCACGAGGACCCAUGGGUUAAUGUUGCUGCUCUCGAGGUGUACGUCCGCCGAGCAUACCGUGCGUACAACUUAUUGAAAUUGGAGUAUCAUGAGGACGAGUCUGAUUCAGCUCCUCUUUUCUUGUCCUGGGACUUCUCUUUCCGUAAAAUUGGACAGACUGAGUUCUCGGUUCCUCUCCAGUCGGCUAACCCUUCUAUCCCUGGUACUCCGACUUCCGAGACCGGUACCUUUGCCCGAAUAAGCUCAGUUAGUGACAUGUCGUAUCUCAACCGCCGUACUGAGGAAGAGCCUACCCGCAAGGGAGUUGUCGUUCCUUGUCGAUAUCUAGAUGAUGCCGAUGAGAUGCUCCAAAAGGCUUUGGAGGUUCUACCAACAAGGAAGCGCCCUGGGCUCAUUCCUGACCUCACGGGCAAGCGUAAAUCCUUUGCGCAAAAGCCUCUCGAAGAGGAACUAACCAACGUUGUCAACGUUGUGAUCCGUGACGUAGAGUCUUACGAAGACGAAGACAUUCUCGAACGUAUCCACCCUGUGAUCGAUUCAUUGAAGAAUGAGCUUGUCAACCACCGAGUUCGUCGUGUCACCUUCGUUUGCGGCCACAAUGAUGGCUCGUACCCAGGCUACUACACUUUCCGCGCGCCCGAGUUCCGUGAAGAUAACAGUAUCCGUCAUGUUGAGCCCGCUCUAGCCUUCCAGCUGGAGCUUGCACGACUGGCCAAAUUCAAGCUCUCUCCCGUCUUCACGGAGAACAAGAAUAUCCAUGUGUAUGAAGGUAUAGGCAAGGGAGUUGACACUGAUAAGCGAUACUUUACCCGUGCUGUCAUUCGACCAGGCCGCCUUCGGGAUGAUAUACCCACAGCCGAGUAUCUUGUUUCUGAAGCCGACCGAGUCAUCAAUGACAUUUUCGAUGCCCUUGAGAUCAUCGGCAACAAUAACUCUGACUUGAACCACAUGUUCCUGAACUUCACUCCUGUUUUCCAGCUCAAGCCUCAGGAAGUCGAGCAGUCUCUUCAGGGUUUCUUGGACCGGUUUGGUCCUCGUGCUUGGCGUCUUCGUGUCUCUCAGGUUGAGAUUCGUAUUAUUUGCACGGACACAACUACAGGAAUGCCUUACCCUCUGCGUGUUAUCAUUACUAACACUUCUGGAUAUAUUAUCCAGAUUGAGCUCUACGCGGAGCGAAAGUCGGAGAAGGGUGAAAUGGUCUUCUAUUCAAUUGGCGGCACAACCAGGAUUGGCUCGAUGCACUUGCUACCUGUCUGCACGCCAUACCCUACCAAGAACUGGCUCCAGCCUAAGCGUUACAGGGCGCAUUUGAUGGGUACCCAAUAUGUAUAUGACUUCCCCGAGCUUUUCCGUCAAGCUGUUGAGAAUACUUGGUCGAGGACUACCAAAGCCCUACCGUCAUUAAAUGACAAAAAGCCUGCCCAGGGUGAGUGCAUUGAUUACAGCGAGCUCGUACUCGACGACCGUGAUAAGUUGAUCGAGAUUUCUCGUGAGCCUGGCACCAAUUCGUGUGGUAUGGUUGGGUGGCUCAUUAAUGCUCGCACCCCCGAGUACCCCGAGGGCCGAAAGUUCAUUGUCGUCGCCAACGAUAUCACUUAUAAGAUUGGAUCUUUUGGUCCCAAAGAAGAUCACUUCUUCAACAAGUGCACGGAAUUGGCUCGAAGCCUCGGCAUUCCGCGAAUCUAUCUCUCUGCCAACUCUGGUGCGCGACUCGGCCUUGCUGAUGAGCUUAUCCCGCACUUUAAGGUAGCUUGGAAAGAUCCGGAGAGGCAAGAAUCGGGCUUCAAAUACCUCUACCUGGAUGCGGAUGCUAAGAAGCGGUUUGAGGACGGUGCUAAGCGCGACGUUAUCACUGAGGAGGUCACUGAAAAUGGCGAGAAGCGCCACAAGAUUGUGGCCAUCGUGGGUGCUGAAGACGGACUUGGUGUUGAGUGCUUGAGGGGCUCUGGUCUUAUUGCUGGUGCCACAAGUCGUGCAUACAACGACAUCUUCACAGUUACCCUCAUUACAUGCCGUUCUAUCGGUAUUGGCGCAUACCUCGUCCGCCUUGGCCAGCGUGCCGUUCAGAUUGAGGGCCAGCCCAUUAUUCUAACUGGUGCUCAGGCCCUCAACAACUUGCUUGGCCGCGAAGUUUACACCUCUAACCUACAGCUUGGUGGUACCCAGAUCAUGUACCGAAAUGGUGUGUCUCAUUUAACUGCUAAUGAUGACUUCGCCGGUGUGUGCAAGAUUGUCGAGUGGCUUUCUUUCGUUCCUGCUCGGCGCAAUCUGCCUGUGCCGAUUACGCCUAGCCUCGACACCUGGGAUCGUGAGGUGAUAUACACCCCACCUAACAAGCAGGCGCACGAUGUUAGAUGGCUCAUUGGCGGUAAGCAAGACGAUGAUGGAUUCCAGCCAGGUCUCUUUGAUAAGGACUCCUUCGUUGAGACUCUUGGUGGCUGGGCCCGCACCGUUGUUGUUGGCCGUGCUCGUCUUGGCGGUAUCCCGAUGGGUGUUAUUGCUGUGGAGACUCGAACCGUUGAAAACGUUACCCCCGCUGAUCCUGCGAAUCCCGACUCCGUUGAACAAGUCAGCAAUGAAGCUGGCGGUGUUUGGUACCCGAACUCUGCAUUCAAGACCGCCCAGGCUAUCAACGACUUCAACUACGGCGAACAGCUUCCUCUUAUGAUCCUUGCCAACUGGCGAGGUUUCUCCGGUGGUCAGCGAGACAUGUACAACGAAGUUUUGAAAUAUGGUUCGUACAUUGUCGACGCCCUCGUCAAGUUUGAGCAACCUAUUUUCGUUUAUAUCCCGCCCUUUGGCGAGUUGCGCGGUGGCUCUUGGGUUGUGGUCGACCCUACCAUUAACCCUGUCGCCAUGGAGAUGUAUGCGGAUGUCGAAUCUCGUGCCGGUGUCCUAGAGCCGGAAGGUAUCAUUGGUAUCAAGUACAAGAAAGAAAAGCAGCUAGAGACUAUGUCUCGCUUGGAUCCCCUCUACGCUUCGCUUAAGAAGCAGAUUGCUGAUAACAGCUUGUCCAAGGAGGAGCAUGCGGAGCUUAAAGAAAGGAUGACAGAGCGUGAGAAGCAACUACUACCUAUCUAUGCGCAGAUCGGCCUGCAGUUUGCAGAUUUGCACGACCGCGCUGGCCGCAUGAAGGCCAAGGGUACUAUUCGCGAGGUCUUAGAGUGGAAGAAUACUCGCCGCUUCUUCUACUGGCGUGUCCGUAGACGUCUCAACGAGGAACAUAUUCUCAAGCGCAUGGCUAGUGCCUCAUCUUCGAAGGUUAUCGACUCGAACAGCGCUGCUGCUACUGAGAGCCGUCAGCACAACCUUCGUCUGCUUGCAGCUUGGUCUGGGGUCACCAAUUUCGACCACAACGACAAGGAUGUAGUGACAUGGUACGAGGAGAACGCUGAGACUAUUGAGACCAAGAUCGAGCAGAUCAAAUCGGACGCUGUCGCGCACGGAUUGGCCGAUUUGCUUAGAUCAGAUAAGACCUCAGCUCUUAAGGGUUUGAAGGACAUGCUACACGUGAUGCCUGUCGGCGAGCGGGAGGAGAUUCUCAAGUACUUACAGUAA